ACCGACGUAGUAACAGACGCGUCGUCUGAUAGUAUCUGAUUGAUUCCGAAAGUAUGUGAAUAUCCUUUAUUAAUUAUUUUGUAACUAUGUGCGUCAAUAUUUUUUUAUAAACACGCUCGUAUGUUGAAACAAAAUUGUGGUAAAUGGUGGGGAGCGAAACGAUUUGAGCGACACGACCAGAAAGCGGACCUCAUCCGAAGCAGAAACUCGCAAAAAAUCUAAUCGUUCGUCGCGUUUUCCGCAGUGAAACAUAGGUGACGUUUCGUACUUUUGGAGGCAGCGGUAGCAAUGUGGUGAGAAUUUCCUUUCUAACGACACCAACAACUCAAUUCACAGCCCAUAACUGCUAGCCAUCACGAAGACCUGCGUGAAAGCACGAACCCAUCCAUCACACGCUUGAUAUUCAUCCCUGUACGCUAACAUGAGUUAGUGGAUUCAUGCAAUUUCACAUCCAUAUCUCUACUGCUUCAUUCAUACGGGAGCCGCUGGUAUAAUGUGUUAGCAUACAAUGAAGCUCCAAGCGAACAGCACGGUAAAACAUAAUCAUGGUGUCACCCACCCACCACAUUACUACCCUGAAUUGCCUACGGAGGUUGAAGAGAGACUCGAAAGACUUUUCAAGCAGCUGGACAUCAACGAAGAUGAACGUAUCGAUAUCAAUGAUCUCACCACUGGAUUGAGGAGGCUGGGAUUACCGCAUACUCCCGGGAGUGUCGAGAAAUUCAUUGAGGCAUCAGACAAGGGCAAGGAUGGCACCGUUGACUUUGCAGAGUUUGUCCAUUACAUUAUCGAGCAUGAAAAGAACUUGAUGGUUGUCUUCAAGAGCUUAGAUGAAAAUAGGGAUGGGUCACUUGAUGCUAACGAGAUUAAGACGUCGUUCCGAAAGCUUGGAAUCAACAUUGAUCAUGACGAAGCCGUUCGACUCCUGAAAAGAAUGGAUAAGGACGGUUCCCUGACGAUAAGCUUCGAAGAAUGGCGGGACUACCUAAUGUUUCAUCCAAGCUCCGAGAUUCAUGACAUCAUUCGCCACUGGCGGCAUGCCACAUUUGUCGACAUAGGAGAGGACACGUUAGUGCCUGACGACUUUACCGAAGAAGAGAUUCACACGGGUAUGUGGUGGAGGCACCUCGUCGCUGGAGGAGUCGCGGGGGCCGUGUCCAGGACAUGCACCGCUCCGUUGGACAGGCUAAAGGUUUUCCUGCAGGUGAAGGGCAGCCAGUUUGGGUCCAUCAAAGAAGUUCUGCGCCACAUGCUGAACGAAGGGGGCAUGACUUCACUCUGGCGGGGGAAUGGCAUCAACGUCAUAAAGAUCGCUCCCGAGAGCGCCCUCAAGUUCCUAGCGUACGAAAAGGCCAAGAGGCUAAUAAAAGGCGAAAGCGACCGCGAGGUUGGCAUCUUUCAGCGAUUUGCGGCCGGGUCUCUAGCAGGGAGCAUUGCGCAGACUACAAUUUAUCCCAUGGAGGUCUUGAAAACCCGACUGGCGCUCAGGAAAACGGGCCAGUACAAGGGCAUCGUAGAUGCAGCGUUUAAAAUUUAUCACAGAGAGGGCAUUAGGAGUUUCUACAAAGGCUACUUGCCCAACCUCUUAGGAAUUAUACCCUAUGCUGGAAUAGACUUGGCCAUCUAUGAGACACUGAAGAAGUUGUACCUGAGGAGGCACGACCUUUCUGACGAUCCCGGUGUCCUGGUUCUUCUCGGCUGUGGAACCAUCAGCAGUUCUUGUGGUCAGAUUGCGAGCUAUCCGCUGGCGUUGGUUCGAACGCGGCUUCAAGCACAGGAAACGAAGCAAGAAGCAACCAUGAUGGGACUCAUCAAGGGCAUCGUGCGGACAGAAGGAGUGAGUGGCCUCUACCGAGGCAUCACCCCAAACUUCAUGAAGGUGGCUCCGGCCGUCAGCAUCAGUUAUGUCGUUUACGAAUACAGCAGACGAGCCUUGGGAGUGCAGAUGACGUGAGACCCCGCUCAAGGUCCCGAAAAAAAAGGACCCCGCAAAAAAAAAAAACAUUUGCCCCCGCUUUUCCUCUCUCUCUCUCAUCCAGAGUGGCUUCACUCCAUUUUUUUUUUAGACACAAAGCACAUUUCUGUGAUAUACGACAGAUGCCUCUUCUCUAUCUCCAGAUGACGACUCCGGCAGGAAGGAUUGUUUCCAGGGCAGAGUUUCCUGUUCAUUGCUGUACAUAGUGCAAUAUAUAUGCGUGCUCUUUGCA